UCCACACAGUCGCAGGAUGAAUUUAAACUUGAGGAUCUGAAGAAGUUGGAACCAAUCUUAAAGAAUAUCCUCACUUAUAAUAAAGAGUUCCCCUUUGAUGUUCAGCCUGUCCCACUCAGGAAGAUAUUAGCACCUGGAGAAGAAGAACAUUUGGAAUUUGAGGAGGAUGAUGAGGAAGGAGGAGCUGGGGCGGGAUCUCCAGACGCUAUUCCUACUAGAGUUCCAGGAGCCAAUGAAGGUACUUUACUACCCAGAUUGCCAUCUGAACCCGGGAUGACGUUACUCACCAUCAACAUAGAGAAAAUUGGUCUGAAAGAUGCUGGGCAGUGCAUUGAUCCUUACAUCACAGUCAGUGUAAAGGAUUUGAAUGGGAUAGAUCUGACACCUGUGCAAGAUACUCCUGUGGCUCUGAGGAAAGAGGACACGUAUGUCCAUUUUAAUGUGGACAUUGAGAUCCAGAAACACGUUGAGAAACUAACAAAAGGUGCAGCUAUUUUCUUUGAAUUCAAACACUACAAGCCUAAGAAGAGGUUUACUAGCACCAAGUGCUUUGCUUUCAUGGAGAUGGAUGAAAUUAAACCUGGGGCAAUUGUUAUAGAACUGUACAAAAAGCCCACUGACUUUAAGAGGAAGAAAUUGCAACUGUUGACCAAGAAACCACUUUACCUUCACCUCCAUCAAACACUGCACAAGGAAUGACCCUGUUUGUGAGACUCCUGUGAACCAAACCGCAAGGCAUGGUAGCUGUGUGUAGUAGCCGUAGCCUCCGAGGGGCAGG